AUGCCUCGGGGCCAAAAGAGCAAGCUCCGUGCCCGCAAGAAACGCCACGAGGGCCACGGGGAGGAGAGUGGCAGUCCCCCGCGCGCCCCCGAGGCGGCGGCGGCCCCGCGGCCCGGGUCUCCCGGCGCCUCCGCCUCCGCCUCCGCCUCGGGGUCGCCACGGGAGCAGGGCGCCGGGACCCCCGCCGGGUCCCCCGGCCCCAGCGCCCGCAGGGACCCCCUCAGCCGCAAGGCCAGCAUGCUGGUGCAGCUCCUGCUGGAGAAGCACAGCAGCGGGGAGCCCGUCCCGCGGGCCGCGCUGCUGAAGACGGUGGGCAGGAAGUACCGCGAGCACUUCCCCGAGAUCUUCCGGUGCGCCGCCGAGCGCCUGGAGCUGGUCUUCGGCCUGGAGCUCAGGGAGGUCGACGCCCGCAGCCAGUCGUACGCCCUGGUCAGCAAGCUGGGCCUGGCCGCCGCCGCCACCAGCACCCGGGAGCUGCCCAAGACCGGCCUCCUCAUGACGCUCCUGGGCGUCAUCUUCAUGAAGGGCAACCGCGCCGCCGAGGAGGACAUCUGGGAGUUCCUCCACAUGCUGGGCGUCUACGAGGGCAGGUGGCACCUGAUCUUCGGGGAGCCCCGGAAGCUCCUCACCCAAGACCUGGUGCGCCAGGGCUACCUGGAGUACCGCCAGGUGCCGGCCAGCGACCCCCCGCGCCACGAGUUCCUGUGGGGCCCGCGAGCCCGCGCCGAGACCAGCAAGAUGCAGGUGCUGCAGGUCCUGGCCAAGAUCAACGACACCGUGCCCAGCUGCUUCCCCGAGCUGUACGCCGAGGCUCUGCUAGACCAGGAGGAGCGCGCGGGGCCCAGGGCCUCGGCCAGGGGGGCCUCGGCCACGGCCAGGGGGGCCUCGGCCGCCGCUGCCUCGGCCUCGGCCUCGGCCACGGCCAGGGGGGCCUCGGCCGCCGCUGCCUCGGCCUCGGCCUCGGCCUCGGCCACGGCCUGGCCGCCUGCCCUGGAGGCGGCGCUGGGCUUCCUCCGCAUCCAGGGAGGCCCUCGCGGCGGCGGCUGCUCCCCCUCGGGGCUGCAGCGGGGCGGGCGGUCCACCUUCUGA